AUGCGUUUUGAUUUCAUUGCCCUGUACGCCCUCGUCGGCACUGCGUUUGUCAGCACAUCCAUCGCAGCUGAACCACGUCUCACCUUUAGCAAGCGAGUCUUGAGCAACCCAGACCUUUCGGCUACAAAGGUUGCUGGCCAAGCGAUCCCAAUAGCGAACUCUCAAGCUCAAUCAAUAGCAUCUCUGUUUUACCAGCUCUCCAAAGCGCUUGAUGACGAUACGGAUUUCAUGAAGCCAAAGAAAGCAGGUUCAAGUUUGCCAGUAUCAGGAACUCCAGCGUCUGCUGCGACACCACCAAAACCUGCAACGUCCCCAAAGAAGGAAGCACCAUCUCCCAAGAAGGAAGCACCAUCCCCCAAGAAGGAAACAACACCUCCAAAGAAGGAAGAAGAAGACGACGAUGAGACUACAUAA